UGUCAUCACUGAUACAGAGGAGUGGGGUUACUUCAAAGCACUAACCAAAACUCCAACCCCGCUGGAGGAGAACAUGUUCCACUUGGAGGAAGGUGCUCCAGGUCCCAGUGUUUACCUCCGGCCCAAGGAGAGCCUCCAUAUUCCCCUGAAAUAUCAGAGCUUCAUCUGCGACCACACCAUGGCUCUACAGGGACCAAGCUUCCUUCCUACAGGCAAAGGUUCUCAGCUGGCCAAGAAGAAUCUGUCCAAUAUUGUCGCCGCCAAGACGAUCAAGGUAACGUUCAAAGCAGAAGACGGCAAGCCCAUGGCCAUCUGCCAGGUGAACGUGGAGCCGACCCCUCACGUUGUCGACCAGACUUUCCGCCUCUACCACCCCGAGCUCUGUUUCCUCAAAAAAGCCAUCCGCCUGCCGCCCUGGCAUGACCCCUCAGUUGCAGAUAUCAGUCACAUUUCCGUGCGUUGCAGUGACCCUAACAUCAUCUGCCAGACGAGGAUGCUGGUGCCAGGGGAGCCUCAGGAUGUGUACUUGAAAGUGCCAGGGAGUCCCAGUCCACUCAUAAAAAUGUUCUUUGUGAUGGUUUUUACUGAUAAGUGGAUGGCAGCUCCGUCCCAGAUCUGGCAGAUUUACGUGCAUUUCCUGGAGCGGGUGGAUGUCAGCUGUGUGAGUGGCCAGCGGAGCUGUCAAUCACUGGUGCUGAGGGGGAAGCAGGCUGUACGCAAGGUCAAGUGCUUCUCGUCCCACCCACAGGAGAUAGAGGUGGACCCAGAGACGGUGUUCGUUCUGCCUCCCGCCGCCGUGCAGGAGCUCCAGCUGAAGGUGCAGCCGUGGCGCGCAGGAAGCCGCUUCCUGUAUGUGAAUGCGGUGGAUGUGGAGAACCGGCGACUUGUGGCAUCCUGGCUGCUCUGUCUCAACGUCCACCGGCCUGUCCUGUCCAAGGCAUUUGAAGUGUGUGUCCCAGUGGGCACUGGGCGUGGCAGCUCCAGGAAAAUCACCUACACCAACCCCUACACCAGCAGCCGCUCGUUCCUGCUCCGCUCGGACCGUCCUGACCUGCUGCAGUUCAAAGAGGAUAAAUUCCAGAUCGGCGGGGGGGAGAGUUACACCAUCGGACUACGAUUCGCUCCCAGCCAGAGUCCCGGCUCUGUGGAGAUCCUGGUCUACGUGAACAACCUGCAGGAGAGGACAGAGGAGACGUUCUGUGUGAAGGUCAACUACUCCUGACCUGAAGAUGUUGGUUUCCUUCCUGGAAGGUGCUGACUCAUUUGUCUUUGAAUCUAUUUUCUGAGUGUGAAAUAAUCAAAGCCAAAUGAG